UCCGGAUUGCCGACCAAGCAAUCAACCGAGCCAAACAGAAUGAUGACAAAAGCAGAACUAUCAAGAAAGUGAACUCCUAAAUCCGGCAUCUCAGGGGAAAGGAUGAGCCAUCCGAGUUUAAAUGUGAACAUCAUGCCCAUUCAAAGGCCUCGGAUGGUGGAUCCAAUUUGGCAUUCCGUGGACCUGGCCCGAAAUGAAGACGCUGACUUGGCCAUUCUGGAGCAGGAGAACAAGGAGCGGUUCAAGAAGUUCAAGACCAAUUACUCUGAUAUCCCGCCCAUUGGUCGAUCAAGCCAAGAGCCCAUGGACGACGAUGAGGAUGAGGAUGAUGAUGACGACGACAACGACGAUAACGACGACAAUGACUCAGAUUCCCACGAGGAUGAGGAGGAUGCAGAAAUGGACUUAAACUUUAGUGCGGGCAAUGUGCCUGCCAAUGUGGGCCAAGGAAGCUCAGGCGAGGCCAGUGGCAUCAAUUCACCCAGAAACAGCAAUAGAGUGCCUCAAGAGGACAUUGAGGACAUGAAUCCGUGAACGUCGAGUUUCAACAGCAUUUUUUAUGAAACACGAGCUGAAGUACA